AUGUUGGAUAUUUUUUCUGUACCCCGUCAGCAGGAUUGCAAAUGUUCGAGUUGGAAAGCUAGUGAAGACGUGGAGGAAAAUUAUCUUUGUACGCACUGUGGUCAUUCUCAUUGCAACGAUAUCAAUUCACCAGAGCUUUCCACCUGGAUUGGGAACGUUGCGGUGCAAAUGGUGGAAGACUUAGAAACCCUCUUUCUCCUCUGUUCCAACGAGGAGGAUCUCGAAACUCGUCAAUUGUACUUUUGCAUGCUCAAACGGCUACGCAAAGCUCUUGCAAAUAAGGGGUACCCGCAAAUCGAUGACUUGCCUCCUUUCGAGAGGCCCAGCGCUAACUCUGCUGUGCGCAACCUCAUUAUCCAAAGGGUAUCAAGUUAUCCCGAUGAUGCGCUGCUUUACGUUGACUUGGGUCGACUAGUCCUCACUUACCUUAAUGGUUGCCGACUACAGGCACCAAAAAAUAGGAAGCAAAAGAACGAGAAUUUGACUGGCUAUCGACUGAUUUACAUGCGAUGGAUGUGUCACUGCUACAUUCCCCUUUUCUGCACUACUUUCCCAUACUUUGAACCAACCGCUGCUUUUGGGAAAAAUUUUUUUCUUGCUCUCCUUCCUCAACUGAAAUCUGGUCUCCUAAACAAAGUACAGGAUGAAAAAGCGAAGCUCCAGUCUGAGCUGUCGACAUUUAUAACAGAAUUAGAACGUGAGGCUCGCCUUCCUAAUUCACCCAUUUGGGAUCCAUUCUUCCGACCUUUUUCAGCCUCCGGAAAACUAGAACAAAGUGGUAUUCUUUCCGACCCUUCUGCAGUGUUUGUUGAUUGUAAACUUGCAAAUGAGGAGACAACUGAGAAUCACGAAGAGACGGUGAAGGAAGAGGAAUCUGUAACACCACAACGCCGGUUGACCGAAAGCUCCCCGUCUUUGUAUCUCACUCGAAGCAACUCAAAAACGACCAGUGCACCUCUGUCAGGAGUUCGAAGACCCCUUGAUUUCGAUCCAAAUAACAGUACUAGCUCUCUAACUGAACCGCUCACUCCACAGGCCAAAAGAAUGCGCCUCAGCUCCCAGUCCACUCCUGGAGAUAUAAGUCCGCGCGAACUAGAGGAUGUAAUAAGAGAAAUUGAAGCAGAGCAGAGGCUUGGUCGACAUAUUCUUCCUUCACCAACCUUACGCUCAUUCCAUGCAGCUCGAGACGCUGCAGCUAGGAGGGAAGAAUCAGCGGGAGCAAUCGAAUUUCACGUUGUUAGUAAUAGUUUAAAUCAGCAACAGGAUCCCUCUACUUAUAUCUGGCUUCUAGAAUUACUCAAUGUCUUCGCAAUUCAGUUGCCUCGCAUGCCGAAGGAGUACAUCACCCGUCUUGUGUUUGAUCCAAAACACAAGAAUCUGAUUCUUUUAAAAGUGUCAGAAAACGGUGAGAGGCAUGCAAUCGGUGGAAUAACCUUCAGAAUGUUCCCUUCACAGGGCUUUACUGAAAUCGUCUUCUGUGCUGUAAUCUUUAACGAACAAGUUAAAGGCUAUGGAACGCAAAUGAUGAACCAUUUGAAGGACUACCACACUCAGCACGGUGUCUACCACUUCCUCACCUACGCCGACGCCUUUGCAACCGGCUACUUCCGAAAGCAGGGCUUCUCGCGUGAAAUCCGUCUUCCCCGGCAGGCCUACCAGGGCUACAUCAAGGAGUACGAGGGUGCGACUCUAAUGGGCUGCGAACUUUACCCCAACAUUGUGUACAAGGAGUUUUCUGAGGUCAUAAGUAAACAGCGCGAGAUAAUCACCCGGAUAAUCGCCCGUAGAAAGCGGGCCCUCGAGACUGUCUACCCGGGUAUACCCAAUUCCCAGUUCAGAAACGGCCCCCUGCCCUUCUCCGCAAUACCUGGCCUCGUGGAGGCCGGCUGGAAGCCCUCGUCCUCAGACGAGGACCCAGAAGCCUACAACACUUUCAUUCCAGCCAAUGCGACGGAGCGCCUCGCUACUACCCCCGGCGAGACGCCACUUACCGAAGCUGCUGGCGAGUCAACCGCAGCCACGAACGAACCGCUGAGUGUUCAAGUUCAGGCAGCGGAGGUGGCGGCGGAGGAGGAGGAGCAGGCUGUUCCGCCUCCUAAAAUCUCGAGUAUUCGUCGGAAUAGGCUAAUCGCGUUUUAUCGUGACGGCGACACAAUCGCAAGGCGCACAAGAGCCAACUCGGUAUCUACUGCGGAGGUUCAGCCACCAGUGGCCCAGUCGCCUCCACCGCCUGCAGCGCCGGCCUUGACACCCGCAGAGAAGGCUCGGCUGAAGGAGGAGACGCGUGUCUUCAACGAGGCUGUCGAUGCUCUUGCGGAGCGUCUUCGUCCCGUCCUGGAGGCAGUGAAGGCGCACAAGUUCGCCGGUCCUUUCCUCUCCCCUGUCACUGCCAAUGAGGCGCCUGGGUAUUUCAACAUCAUAGUCUUCCCAAUAGACUUGCGAACAAUGACGGAGCGUCUGAAGAACCGGUACUACACGCAUCCCGAUCUCUUCAUAGCGGACAUGCGCCGGAUGUUCCACAACUGUCGCACCUACAAUCACCCCGAGUCGGAGCUCUACCGACACGUCUCCACCUUGGACAGUGUAUUCACACGCAAAAUGAAAGAAGUCGGUCUGUGGACCGUGCCGCCUCCACCGAUGCCUCCGCCGAACACCGACCUCUAA